AGGAAGAGAAGGGGGAAGGUGAGGUGACAGGAUCAGAAGUAGGGAGGCGGGGGCAGAUGGAGGAGCAGAAAAAAUCUGAUUGACCUCUCUGGUUAAUCCGCUUGUCACAGCGUGUGAGUGUUUUAACAUCAUCUCCCAACACAUGGCCAGAAGGCCAUGCUCUGUGAAAGACAGUUGGACUGGACACAAGGCACAGACCGACACAAUGGUCUCCAGACUCGCAUACUACCUUAAUCUCAGCCCCCGUCCCGCCUCUAAGGCACACACUGGAAAGUUGUAGAGAAAGGAGAGGACAACGCGGAGACGGAGGGAAAGAAGGAGGAGAGCCUGGUGUCAGAAUGAGUCGGCAGCGCAAACAGACCGGCGAUGGAAAGCAGAGACAGAUAGAUAUAUAGGCAGACCCGCGGGUGGACAGACAGGGCGGCCCAUCUGCAUGCGCUCGGAUGUCAGCUGCGUGUAACGCAGAAGAGCGAAGAAGAAGAGGGUAAACAUGAGUCGGCAGCAGCAGCAGACGACCCAGGGAGUGGUUUUGACGGGUUACCACAGCAACGCGGAACUGUUGCCGAAAACUGGACUGUGCGCUCCCAGCUGCCCGCCGGCCCAGGACCACGAGUCCACCGUAGCCAGCCGCAGGACAGGCCACUACACCGUUCAACAGAACCAAAACACACAACAUGGAGACAGAUAUGAACCUGCCGCCACCACUGAAAUGACCAAAGCCUGCAGCACCCACCCGUCGUCACUCCCCAAUCCAGGCUCUGGCGCUUGCCCCAGGUCUCAGCCCUCCUCCAGCCCGAAACCUGACUCCAGCCCCAGGCACAGUCCCACUUCCAGGUCCAGGUCACAACCCACAUGUCAGCGGUGUAAUUCUCAGGACUCUUUGGAGGAGCUGGAGAUGGAUGACUAUUGGAAGGAAGUGGAGAAUAUCACUCGCUCAGGAGGAGGAGCAGGAAGGGGAGAAGGGGAAGUUCAAGAGGAGGAGCAACAGAAAAUUCCUGAGGAGGGAGAGCAGGAGGAGGCAUGGCUUACAGAGGCGGGGCUAGCACGACUGUUUGAUGAUUCUUUGGCAGCUGACCAGGAUCAGGAAGAAGACAGCGCAGUGUUCCUAUCCACACUGACCAGAACUCAGGCGGCGGCUGUAGAACGCCGUGUGGCAUCACUCCAGCAGACGUUGCUACGGCGACGCAACCGACAGCAUGUUCCUGAUGUUAGGGAUAUAUUCAGACCCCCUGAAAAGGAUGAGCAGCCUAGUAAGCUCAAAGGGGGAAGUGAGAAUGGACAAAAAGAUGUCACUUCAGCUGAAACGGAGACAGAGCUGAACGUGGAGGUGGCAUUUUCAGAGCAGGCGCUCACUUACAAGGAUAACAAUCAAAGAUUAAAGGUCACCACCAGCCCUAACUCAGCUGACGACAAACUACCUGACUUUAAGCUGCUCCGAGAUAAAACAGGUCAGACCAGAAUAGGAGAUCUGUCUCCUCUGGAUAUGAAAAAGGUGCGUAGACUGGUGCUUGUGGAGAUGACUGCUCUGUUUGACACUGCUGGGAUAGACCUUAAGGCACACAAAGCUGUCAAAGUUAAGACUAAAGAAAGUGGUAUAUUCGGUGUUCCCCUCGCCACUUUACUGGAUCAAGACCAGAGGCGGGCUCCUGGGACCAAAGUGCCAUUCAUACUGCAAAGGCUUAUCAGUCAUAUCGAGGAAGAAGGAUUAGACACAGAGGGCCUGCUACGGAUCCCUGGAGCGGCCACUAGAAUCAAGUCACUGUGCCAGGAGCUCGAGUCCUCCUUCUAUGAUGGGAUGUUUCCAUGGCAACAGUUGAAACAGCACGAUACUGCUAGCCUUCUGAAGCUGUUCAUCAGGGAGUUACCCCAUCCAUUACUGACUGUGGAGUACCUCAGCGCAUUUAUUGCUGUCAACAAGCUCCCCACAAAGAAGCAACAGCUGCAGGCUUUGAACCUGCUUGUGCUUUUGUUACCCGAGCCCAAUCGGGACACUUUGAAGGCAUUAGUGGAGUUCUUCCAGCGUGUGAUUGACCAUCAGGCCAAGAAUAAAAUGACGCUCAACAAUGUCUCUGUUGUCAUGGCACCCAACAUCUUCAUGUUCAAAGGCUUCCGUUCCAAGGUUACAGAACAACAGGAGUUCUCCAUGGCAACCAACACAGCCAACAUCGUCCGCCUCCUGAUUAGAUACCAGAAUCUUCUGUGGACGAUCCCCAAGUUCAUCAUGACCCAGGUCAGACGACAAAACAUGGAGAGUCAGCGGAAACAAAAUAAAGAGAGAGCUGUAAGAAAGCUGCUAAAGAAAAUUACCACUGACAAACCGUCUGAUAAAGCGGUCCCUGAGGAGAGUUCACAGGGAUUUAUUCGAGUUCAAGCACCCCAGUUCAGUAAAGUGUCUAUGGCAGUUCAGCUCACUGCAGAGUUGCAGGCUGCUGAUGUUUUAACACGCUUCCUCAACCAAGACAGUUCAGUGACAGUGAAACGAGAAGAGCUGUGUUUGUAUGAGAUUGGUGGAAACAUCAAGGAGAGAUGUCUAGAUGGGGAAACAUAUAUGAAAGACCUCUUCCAGCUGAACCCUACAGCAGAGUGGGUCAUCAAAGCUGUACAGCGAUAAACUUGCUCCUACUAUCAUAGCCCACUGGGUGCAGGACUUCUCCCCGUUCUCACCACAGCGCCCUACUGAGAAGUUACGUCACCUGGUUCUCUGUGGUUUUUUGCUGGUUCUGGACAUACUUGGACCAUUCAUUCAUUAGUAGCAUACAGAGUUUUUAACAUAGGCGGUGUAACAUGGUUUUACACAUUUGGUUGGCCCUGAAAUCUACCAAAAAAUGCUAAUAUUCCAGUGGCAGUUCAAGAACUUAUGAGAACCCAUUUAGUGAAAUGUGUGGGAAUACACUUCUUUUCCAGUUCUUUGCAAAACCAGAAUUCCCAAACAAGAAAAAAAUGACUGUGUGUAUGCAAAAACAGCCUUGAAUUACAAAUCUUUUAAUUUUUUCCCACCUUACCUUAUCUUACUUACUGGAAUUAUUGCACCUCAGGUACCACUAGCCUGAAGUACAGUACAGUUAUGGGGUUGAAGGGAAACCUCCUGUAUGAGGAUACCUUGUCAUCUCUAGACUCCUGGCAGACCACUGUUGAACAAUAGUGGAAAUCUGUCAUUUCCUUUAGUUUUUCUCAGCACUUGUGUCACAAUAUUGUGAUUCUUAAAUGUGUGUGAUACUGUAAGUAUUUCAUUUGCAUACUGUGAUUUAUUACCACUAAUGACUUCGUUAUGCCUGCAACAAUAAGCUGUAAUAAUAUAGUUUGGAAAAAUAAAAUACCAAAAAUUCUGUUAAAUCAUGAACAUAAAUUUUCAUAAAUUUCUCAAUCAUGCUGUUACUGAUGGGAAACCAGGGCAUGCAAUGACUACAUCCCCGUUUUAAUGGUACAUUAAUAUUGCUGUACAUUCUAACCUUUUAAACUGUGGAUGUUUGAGUGGGUUGAUGUGUGAAUCCAUCUUCAAAAACUGCACAACGUCUGUACAAAUUUGAAAAACAUAUUUCCACAUUUUUAUAUAUAUAUAUAGUAGCCUCUAUGUAUCAAGUCAAUUGUGUUACAAGUUUUUUACCAAAGACAUGAUUGUUUUAAAGAUAUGGUGGACUCUUACAUGAUCAUUUUGAAGAAAUAAAUUUCUCACUGUGUAAAUGGCCUUAUAAAAUGAUACACUUUAUCUAAACUAAUACUUUUGGCAUUUGUUUUUUUGAUUUUUGGCUCUGUACUCUUCUCAGUCUGGAUUUCGGUUAAUAUAAUACAUUGGCAGAUGUUGAAGUUAGCCAGGAAUAAAAAAAUCUCCAUUUUCUCUUUUUGGCAUAUAUCUGUGCUUCUCUUGGCUAAUACAGUACAAGCCUAAUCUGAUUCUGUGUGGUUUCUCACAGUGUCAGCAGCCUGUGGAGGAUCAUAUCUGCACCAAAAGUCAAACAUCAGAAAUAUUUCUUUUGUGGAAAGCUGUGGGCUGCUAAUAACAAACUAGUUGUCACUUUUCUAAUGUUUUGAACUCAGUCUGUCACUCCCUGCCUUGCAUUAUCUUGUUUACUGUGAAUGUUUUGUUUUCAAAAUAAUGAUGUCUUUGUCUUAUUACUGCCUCUGAUAUGACCACUAAAACAGCCUGUAAAUAAACAUGCGGUAAUUAAUUACCACA